GUCAGACGGUGUGUCUGGGGGGUCCCGAGCGCCCUUGCUAUAAAAUCGCAUAUUUCCACGACGUGUCGAGCCGCGUUGCGUUCAGCGAGGCGCUUCAGGCCUGCAAGAUGGACGGAGGCUCCCUGCUGAGCAUCGAGACCCCCGCCGAGCAGACGGACAUCGAAAACCUUCUUCAGGUGAGACACACACAACCCAGCGGGGGGGGCGGCGGGAUAGCGGACGGAGAUUUUUGGAUCGGUCUGACUCGGGGGGACGGAGUCGAACAGGCGGCAGAACUCGGCAACAGCUUGGUCUCCUGUCCGGAGCGUUACCGCUGGACGGACGGCGGCCUCGCCGGUUUCAGGAACUGGUAUUUAGAUGAGCCGUCCUGCGGGGGGGAGGCGUGCGUGGUGAUGUACCAUCAGCCAACAGCCAAUCACGGGCCGGGCGGGGCUUAUCUCCACCAAUGGAACGAUGACCGCUGCAACAUGAAACACAACUUCAUCUGCAAAUACACACCAGAGAUCCAUCUUGAGAAGAAACAGGUGGACACACCUGGAGGGGGGGGCACAGAGGUAACCACAGGUGGAAGUGUGGUCAGGGCUGCUGGCAGUGAGGAGGUUCCCCCUCAGGUGACCAUGGCCGGACCUUCAGGUAGGACUUCCU